ACCCGACGCAGAAAGAGAGGAACCAUUCCCCAACUCCCCCCCUCCUCCCGCCCCAGCUCCGGCGACCCGCCGCCGCCGCGAUGCAGCGCAGGAUGGACGCAUUGAUCUCGGCGAUGUGCGGCUCCCUCUCCGAGGUGCUCACCCACGCCGACUCCCACUCCCGCGCGCUCUCCGACGCCCUCUCCCGCCGCGCCAUCCCCCUCGAGUCGGCGACGAACGCGUUCCUGCAGGGGCUGGACCGGCGGGUGGAGGCCGCGGGCGCCGACCUGGAGCACCUCGAGUCCCUGGCCUUCGGCACCGUCUCCGUCGAGGAGCUCCUCGGCCACUGCUGCGAGGCGCUCAACAUCGUCUCCCGCCACGCCGACGCCAUCGAGUUCCGCCUCGUCUCCUACGGCUACGUCGCCCCCGAGGUGGAGGACGAGGUGGAAGAGGAGGAGGGCAGGGACACUGGGGAGCUUGAGGUCCCCGGGAAUGGGGGCUUCGGAGGGUCAAGUUCAGUGCUGAGGUCUGCUCGGAAGCGCUUCGACGACGACGACGACGACGCGCUAUUUGAGGAUUCGAUGUCACUAAAGAAUUUUGGGAUUUCUGAUGCUUGUCUAGCUACUCUGUCCUCUCAAGAUAUUGAUUUUUCUGCAAGCCCAAAGAUGCCUGACAGAAAACCAGGAAGUGUUGAUCACCAAGAGAUUUUGGAGAAAGCUGAAGAACCAACACCUCCCCAAAAUGAAACAGAUGAGCAAGAUGGAAUGAUAAGAGCGUCAAAGGAGGAGUACGAUAAACUUCCUCCUUACAUGAAGUCCCUCGCAUCAUGGGAGGAAUUGCAUGACGCCGUUUCAAAACUAAAUGCAUACUUUGCCGGUGAUAAGGCUCAGGGAAGGUUGAAUCAGGAUGAUGUUGGGUCAAUUGGCUUGGGGCGCAAAGGAAGAUCCUACUUGUUGAUCCUUCUGCGGUUGAAUCAGCUUGCCAUGGAGACGAUCGAUGGCUCGAUCUUCUACAACCUACACAAGAACGACUCCUAGACGAUCUUUUCAGAAAACCUGGGGCAACAGAAGGGGAUAUAGUUGAUAUUACCACCAUAAUGUUCUUUAUAUAAUAAUGUGUUGCGACGUAGUUAGUCUGGUGCAUAACUUGUUCUUUUCAAAGGCAGUGGCUUGGAUUUGAGUAUUUUCAGAAUGGUGUGUUAUAAUGUAGUUAAUCUGGUGAAGAAGUUUGGUUUGAUUGUUGCUGUACACUCAAAGAAGUGUAGAAUCACAAUAUCACAUCAAGCAUGGCAAACUGAAGAAUGGCUAUGAUC